AUGUUUACUCCUAAUAGUAAAUAUUAAAUGUUAGGUUUCUGAGUAUUAAUUGUCAGGCUGAUCAGUUUAAGAAAGUUCUGUGCCAAGCUUGGCUCCCUACUUCUCCUGUGAGUGAAGAAUGCCGAAGGCUCCAGUACAGAAAAAAUGCCGUGUGCACAAGGAGGUGAGCCGAGUGUGCACAAAGCCUGGGGUGAAAGGAGCUAAACCUGCCUCGCGUGUACUUUCACAGGGACUUGUUUUUAACACAGAUUUAGGUCAACACAUCCUUAAGAACCCACUUGUCAUUACUUCAAUGAUUGAGAAAGCUGGAUUAAAGACAACAGACACUGUUCUUGAGGUUGGUCCAGGAACAGGAAACAUGACUGCAAAGCUUCUGGAAAGAGUAAAGCGGGUGAUAGCAUGUGAAGUAGACCCCCGUAUGGUAGCAGAAUUGCACAAGAGGUUCCUGUCUACUGCUCUCCAUUCCAAGCUGGAUAUUAGGAUUGGUGAUAUUUUAAAGGCAGAUCUUCCAACAUUUGAUGUUUGUGUUGCAAAUUUGCCUUACCAGAUUUCAUCGCCAUUUGUUUUCAAGUUGCUGCUUCAUCGGCCAAUCUUUAGGUGUGCAAUACUUAUGUUUCAGCAGGAAUUUGCGGAACGUUUAAUUGCCAAGCCUGGUGAUAAGUUGUACUGCAGAUUAAGUGUCAACACUCAGCUGUUGGCCAAAGUUGACCAUCUCAUGAAAGUUAGCAAGAACAACUUCCGACCCCCUCCUAAGGUGGAGUCAUCAGUUGUGAGAAUAGAACCACGAAAUCCAGUGCCAAAGAUCAACUUUUCUGAAUGGGAUGGCCUUCUACGUAUUGCUUUUGUUAGAAAAAACAAAACGCUUUCUGCUGCCUUCAAACAUUCUUCUGUACUGCAGACUUUAGAAAAAAAUUUCAAAAUUGGGUGUUCACUACAUGAGAAAAAGAUACCUGAAGAUUUUGUUAUGAGAAAAAUUGAAGAUAUUCUGAUUGAUGGAAAGUUUGACAAGAAACGUGCAAGGCAUAUGGAUCAAGAUGACUUCUUAUCAUUGUUACAUGCUUUUAAUAAAGAAGAUAUUCAUUUUGUAUAGCUAUUUAAAUAGUUUUAUAUAGAGGAUAUAUUUUUCUUAUCACUUGUAAGGUCAAUAGUGCAAGGCAGUUUGAAGUAUUUACCAAGUACUAAAUGUAUGGGUCUAGUAGUUUAUUUCCUUAGACUGACUGAGGAAACCUGAAUUGCUCAAAGAACUAGUAAUUUGUA